AUGUCGGAGGAACCGCAAACCGUGUGGCAAAAAAUUGACAACGCAGUUAUACCAGUGAUUAAUCUGGAGAUUCGAGAGGUCCGCGAGAUACUAUGGGAGAAGAUACAGGAACCCACGUCUCAAAGAAAGAUCAUCUUAGUAAUAGUGUCUAUAGCCCUCCUACUAGACAACAUGCUCUAUAUGGUCAUCGUACCAAUCAUACCAGAUUAUUUAAGAUAUAUUGGAGCUUGGGGCGAGGCGGGCUACGAUCACGUAGUCACGUUGCCGCCAAUCAAGGAAGGAAAUAGAACCAUAAUACCGACUAAAAUUAUACCAGCUUCUCAUGAAGGCCAGGAUUCAGCGACGGGAGUUCUGUUCGCAUCCAAGGCGAUAGUACAAUUAAUGAUUAAUCCCUUUUCCGGUGCCUUAAUUGACCGCAUAGGUUAUGAUAUUCCUAUGAUGAUUGGACUUAUUAUAAUGUUUCUUUCCACUUCGAUAUUUGCCUGUGGCCGGAGUUAUAGUAUGCUGUUCUUUGCAAGAAGUCUUCAGGGUGUUGGAUCUGCCUUUGCAGAUACGUCCGGUCUCGCAAUGAUUGCUGACAGAUUUACUGAAGAAUCUGAGCGCUCAAAGGCGCUCGGUAUUGCUCUUGCCUUCAUAAGUUUUGGGUGUCUUGUUGCUCCCCCAUUUGGAGGAGCUUUAUAUCAAUUCGCCGGCAAAGAAGUACCAUUCCUAAUUCUGGCACUGAUAUCUCUUAUGGACGGCUUUAUGUUACUUCUUGUUAUGAAACCGUUAAAGACACAAAUGAAAGAGGCUUCCCAACCAAAACCGGCUGGAACUCCUAUCUGGAAACUACUAAUGGACCCCUACAUCGCGGUAUGUGCUGGAGCCUUAAUGAUGUCAAAUGUGGCAUUGGCCUUCCUGGAACCAACAAUAUCUCUAUGGAUGGAAGAUAAUCUGACAAAAGAUAAUUGGAAAAUUGGUAUGAUUUGGCUACCAGCAUUCUUUCCACACGUUUUAGGGGUUAUUAUAACAGUAAAAAUGGCAAAACAGUAUCCACAGCAUCAAUGGUUGAUGGCAGCCGGCGGUUUGGCUUUAGAGGGCCUGUGUUGUUUUAUAAUACCAUUUGCAAGUUCAUACAAAAUGUUAAUGAUUCCAAUUUGUGGUAUCUGCUUUGGUAUAGCUCUCAUUGAUACAGCCCUCUUACCAACUCUGGGAUACCUCGUGGAUGUACGAUACGUGUCUGUGUAUGGAAGCAUCUACGCAAUUGCUGACAUAUCAUACUCCUUCGCAUAUGCCGUUGGACCCAUCAUAGCUGGCGAGGUAGUGGAGGCUAUUGGUUUCACAGCACUUAAUUUGUUUAUCGCCUUCAGUAAUCUGCUAUACGCACCAGUUUUAAUAUAUCUGCGUCAUAUUUAUGACUUCAAGCCGUUUGAGAACGAGGCUAAUAUAUUGAUGGCGGAUCCUCCGGAUAAAGAAUAUCAAACAUACAGCAUGCAAGAUCAGAGACCAGUGAACGGUGAAUUUAAAAAUCAUCUGGAGUACAGCUCCAUGGGUGGCCAAGGGGAUACCGUGCAAGAAUCUAACGUGGAUGGACAGCAAUAUGAUUACCAAGACGGAUAUCAGAACUACUCGCAGGGAUACGAACAGCAAGGUUUCCAGCAGCAGAGCUAUCAGCAGGAAGGGUACAGUCAGCCUCGCCAGCUGCCAGCGCAGCCCCAACCUCCAGCCAGCAACCCCUUCAGAGCCGGGUCAGCCGCUGCCCCAGCCCCCUCCCCCGCCGCGGCGCCUACCCCCGCCCCGGCCCCCGGAGCCAUCAGGAAUCCAUUCCGACAAGGCUUCUAG